AUGGCGCAAGACUCGCAGGAAACUGUGCCAAGAACAAAAUCAAGUCUGUGGAAAGGUCUUUCACUUGGAGGCUUAAAACACACUCUGAUCACUCAGCGUCGACAAUCCACUCGUAUUAUAUCCGAUAUGGUUCAUAACAUUGAUCACGUGAUAGAAGGUGAUGGUAACGCUCUGGCAUACACCUUACAUUGGUUUGAGAAAGCGACACAUAUCAACCGUCGAUAUUUGAUUGUUGGUGCGUUCUUGUUUGCUGUCGUGUAUCUAUCUCUGGGACGCAGUGCUGGCACCUUGUGUAAUAUCUUGGGUGUGAUCUACCCCAUAUAUGCCUCCAUCAAGGCUUCAGGUAAAAUCACCUGGGUGUAUUUAGCGGUACUUAGUUGCGGGUUUCAGUAAAACGUCACGGGGAAGCGGAUGGUAGCUAACUUAAGCUUUAGAAUUAUGUACAAGAGUUAUUCAAUCAUGUAGAUAAUUGUAAAGCUUAGUUACGUUUGUUCUAUUUCAUGCUUCUGUAAACUACAAUAAUAAUUAGACAUGUGAGUUACCUCAAGUUGUCAAUUGGGUAUAAACUAGCGUUAUCCAAAUUUGUCUGAAACUUGAAUGAUGCGUAUCCGACUGCCGUUUUUAGUGUCAAGUUUCUUCGAAACUUGACAACUAUUGUGAUGAGUGGGGGAAAAUUCAUAUGAGUCAGGGAUCAGGCAUAAUAGUGUAAACUUUCCGGGGGGUGUAUGCGAUUUAUGUUCGAAGUGAUUUAUUGUAUUUAGUCAGUGCUUUGAAGGUUAUUUAGGCAAUUUUAGUUGUCUUAUUUAAAUAUUCUUUUGUCCUUUUGCCAAGUUCACAAAAAUUUUGAGGAGUGGUUGUCGUUAUUGUAAUUUUUUUGUAAGUUUUAUAACAUUCGCUUCUCAUGUUGUGUAAAAGAUCUUUACCCCGGAACACUCGAUUUUUUCUUUAGCAGCGCAAACGCGCAUGCGCUAUCAAACCGUGGAUUACGAUGACGUGACGAUGCUAGGAAGGAGCGACACAGUGUUGUUUUCAAAUGUAUACACAUUUCAGAUGUGAAUAUUGAGUAAAUCUUUGAGAGUCUACGCAACAUAUAAAUUGAUGUUAUUCAUUGCGGGCAUUCAGUCAAGUACCGAUAUUACUUAGACGGUAUAUUCAUUAUACAGAGCUAAGAAUUAAGGAGCUACAUAGUGCUUUUUUCCAAAUGUAUAGAAAACGUUUCAGACCUAAUUAUAAAUAUUGAGAAAAUCUUCGAAGUGCCGAUAUUAUUUUGACGGUAUAUUCAUUAUACAGAGCUAGGAAGGAGCGAGACAGCGUUGUUUUCAAAUACAUAAACAUUUCAGACCGAUGAAUAUUGAUAAAAUCUUUGAGAUGCUACGUAAUAUAUAAAUUGAUGUUGUGCAUUACCGGCAUUCAAUUAAAUGCCGAUAUUAUUUAGUCAUAUUCAUUAUACUUCGACUGUAAAGGCAUGCUACACUGCUACACCACAGAAUAGGUCACUAGGUUUUUAUAGGCAAUUGGAACAUUUUCUAUAGGUGACCUAUAGGGAUGCCUAUAAGCCUAUAGAGCUGUAUAGAUGCCUAAAGGCUUCUAUAGGGAAUUGGAACAUUUCCUAUAGGCACCUAUAGGCCACCUAUAGACUUUUUUCGUAAGGGUCGAUCAGUACGAAGAGCAAAAAAUUGCAUCAGAUCAGUAGAGCAUAAAUAACUAUCAAACAGAAGUAGUGUUUGUAUAUCAUUGUAUGGCGUUCAGUAUGGCAUUUGCUAUCCAACGUGUACAGUCACGGGCCUUGUUCACAUGUCUGGCACAACGGUGCAAACUGGUGUUCAAUGGCACAAUGCAAUAUUCAAGUGCAACGAGAACACCAGAUCUUACGAGAAUCUAUAUCUGUAUCAAAGCUUGAUCAAAACUGCUAGCAAUAAACUCUGCUGUAACUGUGAAAUUAUUGACAUCUAAAGUGACAUUAUUGAAUACUUGCGAAAAGCUGAAAAUGACUCAUAAAAAAACCCAACCUGAUCUUGGCCUUGGGAAUAUAAAGUCAAAGGUCAUUGAGACUUGUUAUUGAGAAACAUGUCACAAUUAAGUUAAAAUGCGGAUGCGGAAGCUAGCGGAUCCAUGGAGCGGAUAUGGGGAUAAAAUGCGUCAUUUGAAUGAAUUUUUCGCCUCAUUUUUAUGUGUCUGUGUUUUGGAUUUAUGUUUUUUGUAAUGGAUGCAACGUCAUAUUAACUACAGUGUGUCCCCAAAAAAGUACCCUUAUAACAAUAGGAUAGAUACUUUCUAUAGAGGGUACUUUUUUGGGACACACUGUAGUUAUACAGCUAUUUCAAUUAAAAGUGUCACUGAGACUGAUGUGCAAUAUGGGCGCUGAUAGUUUUAAAUAAGUUUAGUAUAUCAGUAGCCUCAUAUGGGGAUACUUUCAGCGACAGCUCCCAAUGCAAUUGUAGUUUUAGAAUAUACAAAAUUUGGUUGUUGGUGAAAGAAUUUAAAUUUCGAGUUGUCUCGUGUAGCAUCACAAUAAAUAAAUAAAUUGUACCAGUUCCACGAGGCACGGCGAAGGAAGUGACAAUGAAAUGUUUCUCUCGUAAAAACCUUGUUCUAAUCCACAUUUUUGAGUGACGUGCAGAUGUAUGUUAGAUGAAGAAUUAGGCCAAAUCGUAUUAGUGCCGUUAUUGAAAACAAAUAAAACAAAAGGCUAAGACAAAAAAAAAACAAAGGCCUAAUGUGACGUUGUUUGGCCUAAUUGUUCAGCAAACCUAUUAACCCGCUAGACCCUACGCAGUUCUUCCCGAUCUUAUUCAAUUUGAAACUUUACACUAUCCUUGGAUCCCUAGUUAACUUUUACUCUUAAUUUUUUUAGAAAAUCUUCAUGGCCAGCAAAAAGAACAUUGGCUGAUGUACUGGAUUGUGUACAGUAUAAUCAAUGUUCUUGAAAUAGUGCUGGAGAUUUUCCUUGUGUGGCUGCCCAUGUAUUACUUGCUGAAAUUUCUCUUCCUCGCCUGGUGCAUGGCUCCUAUCACGGCCAAUGGCUCUCAUGUCAUGUACGCCAAUAUUAUCAGACCUUUGUUUCAUGAACACAAUGACAAAGUGGAAUCAGCCUUGUCUGCCGUCACCCAACACUUGACUGCUGAGAAAGAAAUCCCCAUGAUGGUACGGGAAGCUCUGAAGGACAGCGCUCAUGAAGAUUCUGUGACCUCAAAGCAAGAAUGAAAGCGAAACAAAGAGCAAUAAACGGGAAACAAAACCAAGAGACGAAACUCAUCAAUCAGAAAAAACAAGGCAAACUUUGAAAUGGUUUCAUUUGUUGCGUUUUGAGAUAAGUUCCAUUUUGUAGAAUCACAAAUUUACAACGAGAGCAUUGUUACGCUUUUUGCGCACGUCGAGCUGCAUCUUUUCUGUGAAUUCUACUCCGC